AUGUCAAGGUCUCCACCAAGCAAAAAAUCAAGCGAAGAGCACUAUUAUUUUUCUGCCUCCUUCUCCUCUCAGCUUGGGAAAAAUCCAUCAACAGGCGCCAGCUUAUUUUGUUUGCCUCUUCCCUGUAACUUUGACGUGGCUCUCACUGGUAUCCUUAAUGAUGCUGAAAUCGCUGCUGGCCUACCGAGCUGCCACACCGCAGAUUCCUUCGAUUACAAAACCUUUGUCAUCAAAGUGGGUCUGAACUCCAAGUAAGAACAGCUGGCCAAAGUCUUUGGAAUCCUUGCCCUUGAUAGGAGUGGCUUAACUGAGGAAGAUGAGCUGAAGCUCUUCCUGCAGAAUUUCUCCACAAGUAUCAGAACUUUGACUGAUGCCAAGACUAAGGCUUCCCUGGCAGCAGUUGACAGUGAUGGAGAUGAUAAAAUUAGAGUGAAUGGUAAGGAUUCCGUUAUAAAAUGGUCACCCUGGAUUAGGUAA